ACCUGCAGAUGGCCUUUUUUUUUUUUUAACUCAAGAAAAAUCGUGCUAACGAAGGAAAAUAAACCUUUAAUUUUGGAGACCUGUCCGUUAUAAAUAUGCUCCGACUACGAGGCGUCUCUCAACUCUUGUGGAGGGCGUUUCCGUUCCGCCCCUACAGUUGUGCGUCCUUAAUUAUUCAGCUGGAGAACUGUACCAGUGAAGAACAGGUGUUUGAUCUUAUUGAAGGAAAUGCUGCCACUCUCACAGAACAGCAAGUGGGUCGUGCGUUUAGUGUGCUUUGGCAGUUUCAGAAACAGAAGGCCAACGCAGAGAAGAAUACCGAGUGUGUUAGAAACCACCCCCAGUUUCUUACUCUUUGCAAGGUAGCAACAAAUCGUGCCCAAGCACUGACGGAUGACGCCCUGGUGGGUGUAUUAUACAGCGUAAAACAGUUCGCUGUUGAAGCCCAUCACCCCCUAGUCGAAGCACUGGUUACAGAAGGAUGGAAAAGGCUGGAAAGGUUUGAUAUGAAUGUGCUGUCAAUAUUUUCCAAUUGCCUGGCUGAUCAGCAUUUUUAUUUUAGUCCAUUAAUGGGAAAAAUAGCUGACAUUGUAAAUAGGAACUUGGAAACCAUACAGGACUUAAGGGCCUUGUCUGUCUUGAUGGUCAGCAUUUCCUCUUUAACAUCGCACUGUUUUCAAGAACAGCUUAUGAACAAAACAGAGCUGCUUUUUGAUACUGUAGACUCUUCCCAGGUCAACACUGCGAGGAGGAUAGUCCUGUUUCUCCGCAACGUCAAGCGCAGCUACUACCCACUGCUCGAGAAGUGCAAUAAAGUGUUCAUAAGCAACAUGGACCAUCUGGAUUUGGAGUCCAUCAGUAGAAUCCUUAGCCUGUAUCAUUCUCUACAGUUCCAUAGUUUCACAUUUAUUGAGGUGGCUCGAAGGCGGCUGGCUGAGAUGAUCCCUUCAUCUGCUCAUCCCUUGAGCUUUGUCCGAUUGUUUGCCGCGUUGGGACCGAUGGCGGGACCUGAAAUAAAGAAACAGCUUAAAUCAACUAUGCUGUUGAUGUCGGAGGACCUGACCAGCCAGCAAGCACUGACAGUGGUGGGAGCCAUGGAGAAUAUGGAGAGCAGAAAUUCACACUUGAUCAAAAAAGUCGCCUCAGUUCUGCAGAGACAUUUGGAGAGCUAUAAAUCCAUAGAGCUACUGAAGAUAGCCCAGGCACUGACGGCUCUCCAUUUUCACAGUAAGGAGCUUUUUGUGAAACUCAGAGACUUACUUCUCAGCCGUUUGGAAGCCAGCAUCACACCAAGUGAGAUUUCUAUUCUGGUCUCUGCUCUUUCCCUGCUCCCUUUCCCUUACCUCAACGAAGCAGUGGCCUCCCGAGUUGAAGCAGUCCUGCCCCAGUGUGACUUCAAGGAGCUGAGUGACUUGGUGGCCUCGCUCAUGCGCUGGGUUCAGAGUGACCAGGCGUGCUUGGCUAGCACUGCUAGGAACCAACUGAACCUUCUGCACAAGCUGGACCACUGGGGCCAUCAUCGGUUACGGCAGAGCAGCAGCCUGGAUCUCCUGUGGGAGGAGCUGAAGGCUUUGAAAGGAGAAUGGCUGCAUGAGUCCUUUGUUGAGGAGUCCGUCAGCGCCUUGCAGCGUUUUGUGGAUGAGAUCGACCAUACCAACGCUGCAAAGAUCGCAUCCUUCCUUUCCAAAACUAACUACCUCAGCGCUCUGCUGCUCGACAGGAUAGCUUCAGUGGUUGUUCAGCAGAUCGAAAAGAUCCACCCCUUUUCGAUCCUUGCUAUUAUUCUUCCAUUCAGCGUUAUGAACUAUGACCCACCUCAAAAGGAUGCAUUUUUUGGAGCGUGCGUUCAAUGCAUUAAUUCUUACUUAGGUACAUUGGAUCCUGUAACAUUAGUGUUUCUUGGUUUUUCUUUGGCUAUACUUCAAUAUUUUCCAGAAGAUCUGCUAAAGAAAAUGUUUAACAUCCACUUCUUAGCGAGAUUAGAUUCUCAACUUGAAAUUUUACCUUCGUCUCUAAGUACAAGGGUCCAGUUUCGCCUUAUGGAGUUAAAUAGGGCAGUCUGCCUGGAGUGCCCAGAGCUCCAGGUUCCGUGGUUUCACGACCGCUUCUGUCAACGGCAGUAUAGCAGAGAUAUUGGUGUUAUGAAUGGAGCACAACAACAGAUCUAUAAAAUGUUAGUAGAAGUCCUGGGAGGACACAGGUGUGUAAAAGCCGCUGCUCUGUCACCUUAUUACCACACAGUGGAUUUUGAAUGCAUUUUGGAUAAACAAAAAACCCCUCUUCCUUAUGGAAGCCAUAGUGUAACUCCGGGGAAAUCACUGGGAAUACACUGGGAACCAAAUCCUUCAGGAGUUGACCCAGCACUUCCACCAGAAGCUGAGAGAAUUGCUUUAGAAUUUUUGGAUGUAAGAGCCUUUUGUUCAAACAUUCCUCACUUAAAAGGACAGUCUACAAUGAAAAAGCGACAUUUGGAGAUUUUGGGCUACCGUGUUAUUCAGGUCCCUUCCUUUGAAUGGAACUCUAUGGCACUGUCAACAAAGGAUGCACGGAUGGGUUACCUGAGAGAACAUGUAUUUGGAGCAGGAAAGUCAUGAUCGGAGUGUUCAUUUAAAAUGACU